AAGGUUUACAAAUAUCAAAUUAUGGUUUCAUCCACCAAAAUGGAAGUCUUAGAUUAUAAGAAACAUCAAAGACAUGAAAUGAGUCUGGAACAAUAAUAUGGAUAUUAGAUGUCCCAAGUUUUACUUUAGGUAAGAGGAGAGUGAAGGCGCAUGUUCCUUUCAUUGUUGCAAGAAAUCUAUUUACUACUUAAUGAUUUGCCACCUGAACCAACUUAGAAAUGAAGUUGGUAUUAGACAAAAGGGAAAACAUUGACUUCAUGCCCAAUUCUCUUCAAACACAAUUAUACCACACUUCUUACUUACUCAAAUCCUCCUCAUUAACCAUGAAAACCCCACCACCUCCGCCGCCGUCAUCACCUCCUCUCUCCGCCCAUUUUAUUAAGAAAACCCUCUAUCAAAAACAAAAGCACCCUAAACAAUGACGUGGCGAAGACCCAUCAUUUGCUUCUUUUCUUCUUUUCUUGAUAAAAGUAGCAGCAAUGAACAACAAGACCAUACUUGAUUCCAAAACCCACUACCAAUCUCUCUUUUUCUUUCCUCUUCCUCUCUCUUUCUUUACUUGUGCUUUCCUCAAGAAAAUGAAUGAACCUCAAUUUCUUCACAGAUCUAAUCACCACCAUCCUUAUCCUUACAACAGCAAAUCCAGGAGUGGCCGUACUAAUUUAGCGUCAUGCGUGGUCGCUACCGUCUUCCUACUCGCCCCCGCCGCCGCUGCCGUUGCCGUCUACUUCUUCCUCUUCAAGCCCAAAUCUCCUGUAAUUGCUGUUAACGCAGUUCAGUUCCCGACAUUCUCCGUCUCAAACGGAACCGUCAACUUCGAGUUCUUCCAGUACGUCACCGUCACAAACCCUAACCGCGACGAGUUCUCGCACUACGACAGCUCGCUGCAGCUGGUCUACUCCGGGGAGCCGGUGGGACUUGUCUUCAUCCCCGCGGGGAGAAUCGUCGGCGGAGGCAGACAGAAAAUGUCGGCGAAGUUUGAUUUACAGAAGUAUCCGCUGCCGCAGCCCCAGAGGGCGGCGAUCGGUGGGUUAAAUGACGGAGCUACCGUAGGCGGCGUGGCGCCUGGGGAGACGAUGGAGAUAGAGACAAGGAUGAAGUUAGUGGGGAGGGUUAGGGUGCUGAAGGUAUUCAUGCACCGAGUAGAGAGUAGAGUGAAGUGCGGGGUGUCGAUUGAAGUCACGCGCGGGACUGUUUUGGGUUUCCGCUGCUGACAUGUGGUGACCGUACCUCUGUAACAAUGCCGUGUUUGGUAUUUAAAACUUAAAAAAAAAAAGAAAAAGAAAACGAAAAAACCAAGCAUGCGGAGCUUGAUUUAGUUCGAACCAAAGGAAAGGAAAAAUGUGCAGCAUGUAAGUAAAUUUGUAUUCCGAUUGAUGAGAUUGUUAGGUGCACAAGCAAAAGAUUAUGUGCCAUUUCAAUCUGUAGUGUUUCAAUGCAAGGAAAUAUUUUCAUGUAAA